UUCAUUUUUCUUUCUUUCUCCUCUAAAACCAUAGUGCCAUUAACUUGUAGCAGUAGUAGCAAUCAAUGAAAAUGCAGUGAGGUACAAAAAAAUAAAUCAUUGUCCUAUCUUCUUCUCACUCACUCACUCACCCACACACUCUUCACUCUCCCAGAUUCCAAUGUCGUCGACUCGAUCGGAACCACCGUGGAAGGCGGCGGCGGCGGCGCAAUCAUACACAACAACCUUCCUGGUAAUCGGCUACGCCCUCUGCUCCAGCCUACUCGCCAUCAUCAACAAAUACGCCAUCACCCAAUUCAACUACCCAGGUCUCUUAACCGCAUUGCAAUACCUCACCUCCACUCUCGGCGUUUACCUUCUCGGAAAACUAGGGUUCCUCCACCACGAUCCCUUCACAAUCCACACCGCCAAGAAAUUCUUCCCCGCCGCCAUGGUUUUCUACCUCGCAAUCUUCACCAACACCAAUCUCCUCCGCCACGCCAACGUCGACACCUUCAUCGUCUUCAGAUCUCUCACCCCUCUCCUCGUCGCACUCGCCGACACCGCUUUCCGUGCUCAGCCGUGUCCGAGCAACCUCACCUUCAUCUCCCUCGUCGUAAUCCUCGCCGGCGCCGCCGGCUACGUCGCGACUGACUCCGCCUUCACGCUCACCGCGUAUUCAUGGGCGUUUGCUUAUCUUGUUACCAUCACCACCGAGAUGGUUUACAUCAAGCACAUGGUGAUGAAUCUGGGCCUCAACACUUGGGGGUUUGUGUUCUACAACAAUCUGCUAUCUCUCAUGAUGGCUCCUUUCUUCUGGUUCCUCACCGGGGAGAAUGUUGAGGUUUUCGCUGCUUUGAGAUCCGAGUCUGGUAGCUUGUUUGAGCCUGCUGCGUUUUUUGCUGUGGCAUUGUCCUGUGUGUUUGGUUUGCUCAUUAGUUUCUUUGGAUUCGCGGCGAGGAAAGCGGUUUCCGCGACCGCGUUUACCGUCACUGGUGUGGUGAAUAAGUUCCUCACGGUGGCGAUUAAUGUGCUUAUUUGGGAUAAGCAUGCUUCCCCUGUUGGUUUGGUGUGUCUGUUUUUCACCAUUGUUGGGGGUGUUCUGUAUCAGCAGUCGGUGACUAGGCCCGGGAAUGCUCCGGUGGUGGUGUCGAAGCAGGUAGAUGUUGAGAAUAAUGGUGAUGAUGAUGGUGAUUUGGAAGGUGAGAGUGAAGAGAAGGUUAAACUUGUUCCUCCAUGAGCAUUUGUUUUGUAAUAUUUGUAUGAAGUUAGUACUUGAUGUUAUAAGCUGUUGUAUUGCUGUAUCAUUGUUGUUUUGUCUCAACAACCUUAGGAAAAAUUUUAUGCAACAUUUUAGGUAUUAUGUUCAGAAGGAUAUGAAAUUGCAAUGUUGGUUACUUCCUUUCUUGAUCA